GUCAAAGGAAAUGUCAAUGUCAUUCUUGUGUCAUCUCAUCUUCAUGUACAUGUUUUGCAAUUCUUCAAUUGAAAAAUUCUUUUUAUACGCUAUUUUAAUGUGGUAUUUCGUAUUACACAUUUUUGUAAACAUUUUACAUCUCCACUAUUCACGUAAUUUUUCUGUUUGAUCAUGUGGAAAUGCCAUAAGUGUCAAAAACCAGUCUAUUUUGCCGAGAGGAAGCAAUCACUGGGCUACAACUGGCAUCCUGAAUGCCUGAGAUGUGAAGAGUGUGGUAAAAGGCUCAAUCCUGGACAGCAUGCAGAACAUAAAGGAGUCCCCUACUGUCAUGUGCCUUGUUAUGGGGCCUUAUUUGGACCUCAACUAUUUGGUCAUGGGACCAGGGUAGAGUCCCAUAAAAGUUUUGGGGCACAGAAGGAGUCGCCAAAGCUUGGUAAAAGCCCUGCAUUACCUAGAUCACAUCUGGAGUCAAAGAUCAAGGUAUACAACCAGUACUAUGAAGGGCGUUCAGGUGAGAUCCGUUGCCGUGAGGUGAACGGUCGUUAUGUCCUAGAGGGCCCACUUAGGGUCAGAUGGGGCGUCAGAGGAGUUAUUCAUCUCAAAGAAGAUGAUGAUCAGCGUACAGUUGUGACAGCGCUACGAAAACGUAAUUCGUAUAGGCACAGCAGUGCUGCCACUACACCGCAACCCUGCGACACUGAUGACGACGUUGCCGAUAUACCAAGGGAUGCAAGCUGCGAGGACGUUUCUGUGAGUACGACGUCAGAGGGUGAAUGGGCUACCGCAAAUGAAGAACACUCGGAUAAUGUACAGUGCAAGUCGGGAAUAGACAGUGCCAACAAUACAAGCCCCACAGAUUCUACCGAUUCGCCGACCUUAUCACCCCAGUACAACAUCCCAAAAAGCGUUACUUUGCCUACGAAGCUUGAUCUCAAAAAUGACUGGGAUGAACUGGACGAACUGCUGAGGGUAGAAAGAAAAAUUGAUGUGGCUGACAAUCCCUACCAAACAAUGCCAGCGACGUUAUUGUCACAGAGUAUGUCUGAUAACAGUGGUGCGAUGGUAAAAGAAAUGGAUACUGGUGGUAAAGAUGAAAGUGUAACUGAGGGGCUAGAUGAUACAGUCACCACAACAGAAGAUUCUAAAACUCUUAUAGCACCUAUUGUGAACGGUACUAAUGAAGAGGACAAAAUACCUUUAUUAAUUUCUUCCAUGGAGUCUUCCUUCACAAGCCAAGAUGAUACUUGGUCUACUUGUAGUAAUCAUUUAAAUAGGUCUAUGUCAGGGCCCGACUGCCUGUGCCGAGUAAGAGACCCCCACUCCCCAGAAUUCGACAGUGUCAGCGUGACAAGCACUGAUAUUUCCACGUAUUCUGAACAGAAUGAGGAAGUUGUUUUGAGGAGGCCACACAGAGGUUCGACUGCGAUAAAACGAAGGCCUGGGAAAAGGUUGUCGAGAACAAAGGUGAAACGAAGGUGCUCAAUCAAUGGCCAUUUUUACGAUAGGGAAACAAGUUUUUUCACUCCGCCAUAUGGAAGCCAAAUGAGCGUUUGGGUUACAUCACUAGUUAGUACUGGAGAGGUGAUAAAUUUAAUUUUAGAAAAAUAUAAAGUAGAGAGUGAUCAGCAGAACUUUGCUCUGUUUGUUAUCAGGGAUAAUGGAGGUGAGUUUAGCAUGAAUCUCGUUUCGAUUAGAUUUUUUCGACAGUUGGAAACGCACCUGGCGCGGUACUUGCUCCGCAACAUGUUCUAGGCCGACAACUUCUGGUGCAUAUUUUGAAACAUAUUUAUUUUCAUCUGGAACAUUUUGUCUGAAUCAGAGUGUUGGGAAAAUGAAGUAGCAAUGAUUUUUGGGUUAUUAAGGCAUUGUCUGCUAUUAUUAACGCUUGAUGUUUCUCUAAUACGAGCGUUUGGCAUCUUCAAAAGCAUCUCAGUGGCUCUGCAAUGGUGAAGGCUAGGACGAUACUGACAUGACACUGAGUCUUCCCUUGACCAGUGUCCGCGUCUUUCCCUAAGGGCCGUAUCGUCGGUCGUUCCUACAAUUGUAGGGCGCCUUUAUGAUCUCCUUGAUUUUCAUAGUUUUCUACCAUUGCGUGUCAGCGCUCUAUGUUACAAAUGUCUGUACCAAAUUGUUCAUGCUUUUGAUUUAUAUUAUAUGUUAUAUAGCCUGAAUUUUCUACAAUUCAAGAAGAAAACAUAGCCUGGCAAUAGGAGAGCGCUUACGCUGACACAGAACAGUAAAAUAUAGAAAUAUCCCAGUCCGUCUGAAGGAGAGAAAAGACUAUGAAAAUCAAGGUGGCCAUAACGGCGUCCUACAAUUGUAGGAACGACUGACGAUACGGCCCUAAGUUCUCGGUCAUUAGCGCUCGCGUUGUAAACGGAACGUCUUUAGUAUGUAUUAGUCGAAUACGUUCUAUCAUCAAGAAGCUUCUGAUCCCGGUAGCAACGGGAAAAUUAAACGAUAAAAGUCCGGUGUAUAAUAAUCAUUCGAAAUACCAUGGUAUCGUUGGCGUGGUAUGCGUGGUGCGAUGCUUCAUCAUCGUGGAGGCUGCUGUCGACUGUGCAACUGUUCUGAGGUGGUGUCGUCAUGGACACACUGCUACAUGAGAAAUAUUCAUAUAUUUUAGCAAUAUUUAGAUAUUAGGAGUACGUACCCGUUCAGCGUUCUGCGAUUUAAUUUCGCCUUUUGAAACGAUUUGACUCGUGCAUUUUCUUUCAAACCCCCAACGAGGUCGUAGGAAGUAUAUAUUCGAUCUACUUGACACCAUGGAUCAAUUGUUUAUUUUCUGAAGGAGCCUCCUGUAUGAAAUCCCUUUAAUUUUAAAAACGCGUUUUUCAGAGCAAAGACGACUGAAAGAAGACGAAUACCCACUGCUAACUCGCGUACUGUUGGGACCUCACGAGGAUAUAACAAAAUUGUAUCUAAUGGAUAGUCAUACCACGCCAGAGGUUAGCAGUGAGGUGGCGCAAUUUCUGAAUCUCUCGUUGAC